UGGGAUUUGUACUAGUUUAUUUAUGUAUUUUAUAUAUUUUUAUAUUUCAGAAUUAUUAAGACCAAAAUUUACUUCAGCAAGUCUUAUUGUUCGUCGUCAUGGAUAUCCACCAUUUCCCUCAAAAGAAGUUUUACAUAAUUAUCCUCCUAAUAUUACUCAAGUACUUGUGGCUAGAGAAAUUAGUGGUCCAUCCAGUCGAAUGCAUUCCUUUCCAUAUCGGCUUUAUUCAAGGAAACAAAUGUAUCGUCGUCUUUUGGGUCAUCUUUCAUCUGUUUAUUGUGUAUUAUUUGAUCGUAGUGGAAAGUAUAUCAUUACGGUAAGGUUUAAGAAGUUUUUGUAAAUGUUUUAGGAUUAUUGUUUUUUGAAUAAUUAGAAUAA